UAUUACCACACUAACUUUAUUUUCCAGAUGAAGUUCAUAUUGUUGUUGACUGUGGUCGGGCUGGCGGCCUGCCAGUUCCCGCCUCGGAGGCCGGGCUUCGGAGGCCAGCCGAAGAGGACAAGCAGCAAGAGCUUCUCUCAAAGUCGACCUGGAGCUCAGAGUUUGGGCGCCAAGGCUGACGACACUCGCGGCGGGAGUGAGUACUACUUCUCCUGGAGACACGACCCGCCCAAGACAGAGUACACAGGCGACGCUGCUCACAGGAUGUGUACAAGUCUGGGCGGCGGGUGGCAGCCUGUGGCCAUCAGCUCUCGUGACGAGCUCAACUACAUCCAUGGCAUUAUUGUCAGAGAGCGGCUGGACUACAUCUGGACCGGCGGGGUGAGGGCCGGCUCCGGCUUCAGGUGGUUCAACGGAGAACCUUUUGGUAUUACUGCCUGGUCCAACACCGGAGGACUCCGCCGACCUCAGCCCGACAACCGUGAGAGUGGUAAGGAGAACUGCCUCGCCAUCCUCAACAACUUCUACAAGGAUGGCGUCGCAUGGCACGACGUUGCCUGCCACCACGAGAAGCCCGUCAUCUGCGAACGUUCCGUAUAAAUCCUCCCAACAUUGCCAUAUGUGAGAGUCGUACACAAGGGCUCUCACUCGGACCCCGUCUCCCUGCGCCCCUGACAGUGAGAGUGCUUCAUUCUCCUUUUAAUUCUUUCUAGGUCAUCAUCAUCUGGGCAAUGUGUAAAUGCCCAGAUGUGGAAAUGAACACAAAGAAGAUGCGUCCUUCAUCCUCUUUGAUAUUUAUUCUUAAACUAUUUUUCUCUUCAACUAUCUACAAUAUAUAAUGCUGCCAUCUUCCAGUAACUUAAUAUAUUUAUUCGAAAAUGUUAAUUUAGCAAAACAACUUGUCAUUCUUGGCAAGAUAAAUACACAUUGUGUAAGAGAG